AGAGGAGCAGGUCCAGGGAGAAGAGCAGGCCUAAGGAGAGGGCAAGGUAGAGGUAUAAGAAUGCGUGGUGGUGGCAUUCUAAGGGCUACAAGGGCAGUGGUGAGUGAUGGAAUUCGUGCCACUAUCAUUGACCAUGUGAUAAACCACGGUCUUUCACUAAGGGAGGCUGGUGAAAGAGUACAGCCCAAUUUGGGGCGGUCAACGGUUGCGUCAAUUAUACGCAUCUUUCAACAAACCAACAGAAUGCAACGUCUUCCUCCCUCUGGGGGAAGAGGUAAGCUCCUUAAUCAUCAACAAGAGCUUGCCAUAGUAGAUAUGGUUGUUGCAAAUAACGCAAUUAAACUGCAUGAGAUUCAAAGCAGAAUUUUGGAGGACCAAGAGAUAUUUCACAAUAUCAAUAGCAUCAGCCUCGCAACCAUUACGCGGACAUUGUCCAAACACAGAGUGCGGAUGAAACAGCUCUACACUGUUCCCUUUGAGAGGAACAGUGAGCGAGUCAAGGUGCUACGACAACAAUAUGUCCAGAGAGUUAUGGAAUUGGAGGCCAACCAGGCCCCUCAUGAAUUCGUAUACGUGGAUGAGGCAGAUUUAAUCUGGCCAAAAGGCGUUGACGUUGGACCUUACAACACCGAGCGCCUCCUUGCUUUUCUCGAUGAUCUCCACCAGCGCCUGGUUCCAGAGCAGGAUCAGGAGGGUGAAAACAGGAGGACCUUCGUUAUCACCUGGGACAACGUGGCCUUCCAUCACUCACAAGCAGUUACAGCAUGGUUUGAGGUCCACCCAAGACUGAUUCGUCUAUUUCUUCCACCCUAUUCACCUUUCCUCAACCCCAUAGAGGAGUUCUUUUCUAAAUGGAGGUGGAAAGUCUAUGACCAUCAGCCACAUGACCAGUUGUCCCUCCUUGAAGCCAUGGAUGCUGGCUGCAGGGACAUCACAGUUGAUGAUUGUCAAGGGUGGAUCAGGCAUUCCAAGCGGUUUUAUCCAAGGUGUAUCGCCUUGGAUAACAUCAGAUGCGAUGUGGAUGAAAACUUGUGGCCUAACCCUGAAGAUCGCAGGGAUUAG